AUGAAGGGCGAGAUUCUUCACCUUCAUCUCGGUCAGGCCGGUACCCAGCUGGGUAACUCUGCCUGGGAGCUCUACCUCCUCGAGCACGGCCUCGGCUCCGAUGGUCGUCCUGACCCCAGCGCCAAGGACGUCGUCGACGGCGGUUCCUACGAGACCUUCUUCACCGAGACGAGCGGAGGAAAAUACGUUCCUCGCUCCCUCUUCGUCGAUCUCGACCCCUCUCCCAUCGACGAGAUCCGAACUGGCGGCUACCGUCAGCUCUUCCACCCUGAGCUGUUGAUCAGCGGCAAGGAGGAUGCUGCCAACAACUACGCUCGUGGUCACUACACCAUCGGCAAGGAGAUGGUCGACAAUGUCAUUGACCGUGUUCGCCGCGUCGCUGACAACUGCCACUCCCUCCAGGGUUUCCUGAUCUUCCACUCCUUCGGCGGUGGUACCGGUUCUGGAUUCGGUGCCCUCCUCCUCGAGCGCCUCUCCACAGAGUACGGCAAGAAGUCGAAGCUUGAGUUCGCCGUCUACCCCGCCCCUCGCGUCUCGACUGCCGUCGUUGAGCCCUACAACGCCGUCCUGUCUACCCACAGCACCAUUGAGAACUCGGACUGCACUUUCCUCGUCGACAACGAGGCUGUCUACGACAUCUGCCGCCGCAACCUCGACAUUCCCCGUCCCGGUUACGAGCACCUCAACCGCCUGAUCGCCCAGGUUGUCUCCUCCAUCACCUCCUCCCUCCGUUUCGAUGGUGCCCUCAACGUCGAUCUCAACGAGUUCCAGACCAACUUGGUCCCCUACCCUCGUAUUCACUACCCCUUGAUCAGCUACGCUCCCGUCAUCUCUGCCAACAAGAGCUCUCACGAGAGUUUCAAGGUCCAGGAGCUCACCUUCCAGUGCUUCGAGCCCAACAACCAGAUGGUCGUCUGCGACCCCCGCAACGGAAAGUACAUGGCUGUUGCCCUUCUGUACCGUGGCGACGUCGUCCCCCGCGACUGCAACGCCGCCAUUGCUGCCCUCAAGGCCAAGUCCUCCUUCAACCUGGUCGAGUGGUGCCCUACCGGGUUCAAGCUCGGAAUCAACUACCAGAAGCCCAUGGCCGUUCCCGCCGCCGCUGGCGAUGGUGGUCUCGCCUCUGUCGACCGCUCCGUCUCUAUGUUGUCCAACACCACCGCCAUCGCCGAGGCCUGGUCGAGACUGGACCACAAGUUCGAUCUCAUGUACAGCAAGCGUGCCUUCGUCCACUGGUACGUCGGUGAGGGUAUGGAGGAGGGUGAGUUCAGCGAGGCCCGUGAGGAUCUUGCUGCACUUGAGAAGGAUUACGAGGAGGUUGCUGCCGACUCGUACGAGGGUGAGGAGGACGAUGCCGAGUACUAA